GUAUUGGUGGCAUCACAUUCCGUAUAUUAGCUGAAGAAAAUCUUGAGCGAUAUCGUAUUGCUUACAGUGACAGAGAUUGUGAUAAUAUUGUUCUAAGAAAUCCAGGAAAUUACCAUUGGAGAAGUGGUGGUGAAAAACAUAUAAAUGACCCUUUGGCUAUUGCUAACUUACAAGAUGCUGCACGGGCUAAUAAUAAAAAUGCAUAUGCAAAAUUUGUGGAAACUACAAUGGGAAAAUGUUAGAGCAUGUACUCUUAGGGGACAGUUUGAACUUGCCAAGGUUCCAGAGCCUAUAGAUAUAUGUGAAGUAGAAGAGGCAAAAGAAAUUGUAAAGAGGUUUGCAACAGGUGCCAUGAGUUUUGGCAGCAUAUCGCUAGAAGCCCAUAAAACUCUUGCUAUGGCAAUGAACAGAGUGGGUGGUAAAUCAAAUACUGGAGAAGGUGGUGAAGACCCUGACCGAUAUGUUAUUACAGAUCCAAAUAAUAAUGUGAGAUCUGCUAUUAAGCAAGUAGCAUCUGGACGUUUUGGGGUAACCAUAGAAUACUUAACAAAUGCUGAUGAACUUCAGAUUAAAAUGGCACAAGGAGCUAAGCCUGGGGAAGGGGGAGAACUUCCUGGAUAUAAGGUAUCAAAAUAUAUUGCAAAAACAAGGCAUUCCAUUCCAGGGGUGGGUCUGAUCAGUCCUCCUCCUCAUCAUGAUAUCUAUUCCAUUGAGGAUUUAGCUGAACUCAUUUAUGAUUUAAAAUGUGCCAAUCCAUCAGCCAGAAUUUCUGUCAAACUAGUAUCAGAAGUUGGAGUAGGCGUUGUAGCAUCUGGUGUUGCCAAGGGAAAAGCAGAGCACAUCACAAUAUCUGGUCAUGAUGGAGGUACAGGAGCUAGUAGUUGGACUGGAAUAAAAGGAGCUGGACUUCCAUGGGAGCUUGGAAUUGCUGAAACUCAUCAGACACUUGUUCAAAAUGAUCUUCGAUCUCGAGUUGUACUACAGGCUGAUGGUCAGAUUCGAACAGGAUUCGACGUUGUGGUUGCUGCCAUACUUGGGGCUGAUGAAUUUGGCUUUUCGACAGCGCCUUUGAUAGUCCUUGGAUGCACAAUGAUGCGGAAGUGCCAUUUGAACACCUGCCCUGUCGGCAUUGCCACUCAGGACCCAGAACUCCGGAAAAAAUUCGAAGGAAAACCUGAACAUCUGGUUAAUUAUCUUUUCAUGCUUGCGGAAGAUGUUCGUUCUCAUAUGGCUGAAUUGGGUAUUCGCAAGUUCCAAGAUCUUAUUGGUCGGACUGAUUUAUUACGUAUGUAUCAUAAUGAAAAGAACCCCAAAUCCCGGCUGCUUGAUUACUCAGCUAUUCUUUUAGAUGCUUUAUCUUUAAGACCUGGGACAUGUAUUAUUGGAGGAUCUCUCAAGCAAGAUUUUCAGUUGGAAAAUAGAAUUGAUAAUCUCUUGAUUAAACAAGCAGCUGAUGUUAUAGAUCGGAAGAAGAAAGAUGUCACAAUUCAUAUGGAUAUAACUAAUGUUGAUAGAGCAUUUGGGUCCACAUUGAGCUACCAUAUUGCUAAGAAAUAUGGUGCUAAUGGUUUACCAGAUAAUAGUAUUAAGAUAAAACUAGAAGGCUCAGCUGGUCAAAGCUUCUGUGCAUUUUUGGCACGAGGAAUAUGUGUUGAAUUAGAAGGCGAUGCUAAUGAUUAUGUGGGAAAGGGCCUUUCUGGUGGAACUGUAAUUGUUUAUCCACCAACUCGUUUGCCUCCUGAUUUCAAAUCUGAAGAGAAUAUUAUUGUUGGAAAUGUUUGUUUAUAUGGUGCUACAUCUGGUAAAGCUUUUUUCCGAGGUAUUGCAGCUGAAAGAUUUUGUGUAAGAAAUUCUGGUGCUACAGCUGUAAUAGAGGGUGUUGGAGAUCAUGGUUGCGAAUAUAUGACUGGUGGGUUUUGUUUGAUUCUGGGCCCUACUGGACGAAACUUUGCUGCUGGCAUGUCUGGUGGCAUAGCUUAUGUUUUAGAUGAGAAACGUUCCCUAGAAUCUAGAAGCAAUUUGAUGAUGGUAGACUUGCUACCUCUAGAGCUUUCUGAAGAUCUUAAUUUUGUAGAAAAUUUAUUAAAAGAAUUUUUUGAAAAAACUGGCUCUGCAGUUGCUCAGCGCUUACUGUCCACUUGGCCUGCUUCAGCUAAAAACUUUGUAAAGGUGUUUCCAAAAGAGUACCAACGUGCCUUACGACAAGCAGAAGAAGAAAAAUUGGUCAUGACUAAUGGACCAACAAGUGCAAUAGAAGCAACUAAAACAGCUACUGUCAAAGAUAUCGAAGAUGUAAUUCCUGAUAAUCUUGAUAAAGUGAGAGGUUUUAUGAAAUAUCAGCGAAUGACAAAUCCAUACAGAGAACCUUCAGAACGUUUACAUGACUGGAAUGAAAUUUAUAAUUUUAAAGGCGUUAGAAAAACUAUUAAAGUGCAAGCAGCUAGAUGUUCAGUAAUUUCUGCUACACAGUGUCAUCUGAAGACAGUGGACAUCUUCCAGAUAAUGCUUCUUUACAGUUUUGUUUUAGCUAGUACAGUGCAAAAGAUAUGCAUGGAAUGUGGAGUUCCUUUUUGUCAAUCUAGUCAUGGAUGUCCUUUAGGAAAUAUUAUACCAAAAUGGAAUGAUUUAGUUUUUAAGGAUGAUUGGCGUGAAGCCUUGAAUCAAUUAUUGCAAACAAAUAAUUUUCCUGAAUUUACUGGCCGUGUAUGUCCUGCUCCAUGUGAGGGAGCUUGUGUUCUUGGCAUCAAUGAACCUCCUGUAAAUAUAAAACAUAUUGAAUGUGCUAUAAUUGACAAUGCUUUUGAUAAAGGUUGGAUGAUACCUCAAGUUCCAGCUGUUAGAACUGGGAAAAAAAUUGCUAUAAUUGGCAGUGGUCCAUCUGGAUUAGCUGCAGCAGCUCAGCUAAAUAAAGCUGGCCAUACUGUCCAUGUUUAUGAACGCAAUGACAGAGUAGGAGGACUGUUGGAGUAUGGAAUUCCUACUAUGAAACUUAGCAAAGAAGUUGUUAAGAGGCGUGUUGAUUUAUUGACUGCAGAAGGAAUAACAUUCCACACUAACGUUAACGUUGGUAAAGACAUAUCUGCCAAAUCUCUCCUUGAAGAAAAUGAUGCUUUAUUGUUAACUGUCGGGGCUACAUGGCCAAGAGAUCUUCCAAUUCCAGGGAGGGAACUGAAUGGAAUUCAUUUUGCUAUGAAUUUCCUUGAGACUUGGCAGAAACAUCAACUUGGAAAUAAAAUUGAUUAUUCUAAAGUUAAUGCUAAAGAUAAAGAUGUUAUUAUUAUUGGUGGUGGAGAUACUGGCUGUGACUGCAUUGCUACAUCACUACGACAGGGUGCUAAAAGUAUAGUGACAUUUGAAAUCCUCCCUGAACCUCCUGAACGGCGGGCUGUAGAUAAUCCAUGGCCUCAGUGGCCUAAAGUAUUUAGAGUAGAUUAUGGUCAUCAAGAAGUGAAAGUUAAGUUUGGGGAUGAUCCUAGAAAUUUCUGCAUUCUCUCAGAGAAAUUCUUGGAUGAUGGCAAUGGAAAUGUUUCUGGUAUUAGUACAAUAAAAGUUGAAUGGAAAAAGGAUAAAUCAGGAAACUGGGUUAUGGAAAAAAUUCCUGGUUCUGAGAAAGUUUUCAAGGCUGACCUGGUAAUGCUUGCGAUGGGAUUUCUUGGACCUGAACAGUAUCUUCUCAGUGAUAUAGGAGUGCAACAGGAUCCACGAAAAAAUAUUGCGACACCCAAUGGAAAUUAUCAUACAUCUAUACCAAAAGUUUAUGCUGCUGGAGAUUGUCGACGAGGCCAGUCUCUUGUUGUUCAUGCCAUAUCUGAAGGGCGGCAGGCCGCCCGGCAGAUUGAUGCUGAUCUCAUGAAGUGCUCCUCUCUAGCUGGUCCGGGAGGAGUUAUACCAUAUGUCACUCAGUUAUCAGUAGCUGCUUAAACUAUCUUGUAGCUGGCCAGAUCAGGACUACAGAUUAUAGUUAGCUUUUAUGCUUACAAUUAUCAGGUUCUAAUGGCCAAUUUUGGGCAGCAAAACAGUUAUCUAUAUAUUAGCUUCUUAAAAAAGAUGAGAUUUCAUUACUGAUAACAAAUAUCAAAGGAAAAUUGCAAAGUAAGAAAUUAUUUGUUGUAUGUUGAUGGUUAUAUGUCAUUCAGAGUACAGAAAUAUGGAUAUAUAUAUAUAUAUCAUCAGUUAUAUCAUCAGUUAUAUCAUAUAUGUUAAUAUGAUGGUGUAUGUUACUGAAUGUGUACAUAUUAUCUGAAAGAUCUAUUGUCCAGCCAUUUUAAAACAUAAUAAUAUUAGCACAUCAAUCAUUAAAAGAUUCACUUGUAUGUAUAGAUGUCAUAUUCUUGCUUGUAGCAUAAAAUACAGUGUAACUUCAAGCAUAAAGUAUAAAUGUGACUUUUAAUUACUAUUUUCUUGCUUGUCUCACAUAAACUACGGCCAUCUUUGAGUGCACAUAAAUCUUAAGUUAAUAAUUUUAAAGAAAGGGGGAAAAUUAUUCAUGCCAGUUAAAUAAUUGAAUGAAAGCAGCUAUUGACAUUUUUUCUGCUCACAAGCUUUUCAGAAAAUUGUAGUUCUGAUGAAGUCUUCCAUAUAGGUGCUGACUGAACAUGUUGGUACAAUCUAAAAUGUUUGCUCCAUUAAGUUUUAUUUAGGACAAAUGUUACUGAUCAAAUGGAAGGGAGGAAAAAUGUAUGUGUAUUUUCCCUUGUGUUUGCUUCAAACAAGAUGUUCAGGGUUCUCAGUAUAACAGUAUGUUUAGGUGAAAUCAAACUCUUGCUAAAAUUUAUUUCUAAAUGACUUCUCAGUUUAUAUAAGGGUAUUUGCCUUUCUAGAAGUUUAUUAUCUCUUUUUUGGGGAGAGGCAGUGGGAUUUCAUAUCUUCAAUUCUUACGUAAUAUGAAGUGGGAAAGAACUAAACUGAGAUCCCUGGUUGCAUUUUAAAUAAUAUUAAAGAAUACCUUUUCACAACAAAACACAGAUUUUCUCUUAUUCUAGUACAAUCAACAUCUUGCCGUUCAUAUUUAUGAACACUUUUUAAAGUCCAGGAUGUAGAUUGAAAUAGAGUUUGUGUAAAAGUGAAGAGUACUUUGUGCCUUGUUGAAACAGUAGCUUGUUGUUGCAUCUGUUAUUCGAUUGGUAUUGUGAACAAUGACUUUCUUGAAUGUAGUUUCAAGCACAUUCUGAAAUUCCUUAUUUGAUACUUUAAUUCAAGUAAAUAUCUUCUAUAGCCUCUAGAUAUCCACUUUUUGCUGUCUAGAUAUUCUUGCUUUGCAUGCAAACUUAAUUCAUAUAUAUGUAGUUAGUUGUCAAAUAUAUUUUACUAUUACUGAUAUUACAAUAAUUUUAACCAAAAAAUAUGUACCUAAAACAUUCCAUAGGCUAUUUGUUUUAAUAUUUUUAUACACUGACUACAUGGCUGUUAAAAUUUUUUAAAACUUAUAAAAUAUGAUAUUAGAUUUUUUUAAAUUGAAUAUAAUUUCAAAAUAGUAGUAAAUCUUUUGCUUACUCUUUUGUGUGAAGAUGAAAUUUUUCAGUGUUUAAAUGUAUCAGGCAUGCAUAUUUUUUCAAUUUUAGACACUAAAAAUCCCUUCUACAAAAAUUAUUCUUCAGAAAAAAUAAAUUUUGAUUGGAAUUUAUUCUGUACAUGCUUGAAUACUAUACAAUUUUCAUGAAUUGUAAUAAACCGUCCAGUCACAUUAACAAUAAAAUUUGAUUAAUAUACAAUAUAAAUAAAAUUUAUCUCAUAAAAUUUAAUUGUAUAAAUUUAACAUUUUAAAAAUUGCUGCGGAUAAAAUAACACAUACCUGUUUUUGUAAUCUUUUUUGAGGGAGAAUAUUAAAUGUGAGAGCAGGAGAGAGAGACAUAUUUCUAGCCGUAUACAAAUUUAAGUAUAACAAACUGAGACAUACCACAAGAACCCCAUGAACAGUGUUUUAUUAUAGGUUUGAAAUUCAUGAAAGCUUAUGUAUAUUUGAUAAACUCUUUAUAUCAAAAUUAUUUUAAUAUGAAAUUAACUGAAAAAUAUUAAUAUUCACUUCCUGAGCUAGCUUUUGCCUGUGUAUUACUGCGGUACAUUUCUUUGAUGUGUAUUAUCUGCCUUUCCAGAAAUUACUCCACAAAUUCCGAUUUGUCAGUUCCAUUGAAAGAUCCCUGAUAAAUUUUUUCCCUUUCUGUGUUUUUUUACUGAUAUUUGAUAGCAAAUAAAAUAAUGUGCAUUCAUCUUCCCAUAAUUUUUUUUAUUGAUAUAUGGUCAUUUGAAAUUAUUAGUUUCUAUUUUGAUAGCAAGAUUUUUUUUUUUUUUUUUUUUACUUAGGGGUUCUGUUACCAUUGUCAUAAAAUUAAGAUAUAAAAAAAUCUCAGUUAUUUCUAUUUGAUUCAUUGUCAAAUCUGUAUAUAAUUUCUAAAAAAAGCAUGAUUUGUUUUAACUGUAUUUGUAAAUUUUGAAUGAGAAUUAGUUUAAGAAAUAUAAUGAGAUUUUUAUUUUUAAACACAAAUGUUUACAAUGUUGUCUUUUUCAGACUUAUUUUGUAAAGUAUACAUAUUGUUCCUUUACAGCACUGUAAGUGUAUGGUUAUUAAAUGUUAUAGAUUUCAACUGGAA